GGCGGGGCGAGCCCUCCCCGCCUUUCGGUCACGCGCGGCAGGAAGUGGUGUGCGAGGCGGAGUAUUCACGAUGGGGACCACCCUGGACAUUAAGAUUAAAAGAGCGAACAAGGUUUAUCACGCUGGGGAAAUGCUCUCCGGGGUGGUGGUCAUAUCUGGGAAGGACUCGGUCCAGCACCAGGGCCUCUCCCUGACGGUGGAAGGAACCGUGAACCUGCAGCUCAGUGCCAAGAGUGUGGGAGUGUUCGAAGCCUUCUAUAAUUCCGUUAAGCCCAUCCAGGUCAUCAACAGUACCAUCGAAAUGGUGAAGCCAGGAAAAUUUCCCGGAGGCAAAACAGAAAUUCCUUUCGAGUUUCCACUGCACGUGAAGAGUAACAAAGUUCUGUACGAGACGUACCACGGCGUGUUCGUCAACAUCCAGUAUACCCUGCGCUGUGACAUGCGGCGGUCCCUGCUGGCCAAGGACUUGACCAAGACCUGCGAGUUCAUCGUCCACUCCACUCCUCAGAAGGGGAAAUGGACUCCGAGCCCCGUGGACUUCACGAUCACACCUGACACCUUACAGAACGUCAAAGAGAGGGCCUUGCUCCCCAAAUUUCUCAUCAGAGGACAUCUCAACUCCACCAACUGUGUGAUCACACAGCCACUGACGGGAGAGCUGGUGGUGGAGAGCUCGGAGGCCGCCAUCAAAAGCAUCGAGCUGCAGCUGGUGCGCGUGGAGACGUGCGGCUGUGCAGAAGGCUACGCCCGUGAUGCCACAGAGAUUCAGAACAUUCAGAUCGCCGAUGGGGACGUGUGUCGGGGGCUCUCCAUCCCCAUCUACAUGGUCUUCCCCCGGCUGUUCACCUGCCCAACGCUGGAGACCACCAACUUCAAAGUGGAGUUUGAGGUGAACAUCGUGGUGCUGCUUCACCCCGACCACCUCAUCACCGAGAACUUCCCGCUGAAGCUCUGCAGGAUGUAGCCAGGAGCAAGGGAGUGCACUGCGAGGGCGGCCCUUGGAAAUGCAGUCAUUCCCCUGCCACCCACCCAGGAGCUGAAGCUGUCAGCACGGACCCGCUCUCUUGGUGGUUCUGUAUCAGAAAGAGUCUCUCCCUCCUUCCGCGUUUCUUCAAGGCCCCUCUCAUCAGAGCUUCCCUUGGAAACACGUCAGGAUUUCUUAACGGUCUUGGCCAGAUGGCUUCCCAGAGAGCAGGUGGUCUUCUGCCUCCUGACCAGACCUGCUGUUCACGUUCAGAAAAUAGUUAACAGGGGCUGAACUUUGCUGGAGAGCGAGGUCGGGGAGGAGGAAACUUCCUGACCGGGAGUGGCGGUGGCCGCGACUCCACUCCGCCCGCCCCGCCCCCGGCGGUCGCUCCCGCGGCGGCUCAGGACGUUGGCCACGCCCACUGGGGAUGGCGCAGGGCCGCUCACCCGAAGUGGGUAAUGGGUUUCCCUCUCCUUUCUCCUGCCAUUUUUUCACGAUAACAUCAAACCUUUUAGGGAACCUGGGGAAGAUGUGCCUUGCCUUCGGGGGAGCGAGGGUCUGGUGACCACGGCUGGCGCUGGAGUGUUUCUCUCAGGGCCUGCUGUGACGUGGCCUGCCGCCAUCUUCCCAGAGUCCGUUCCAGUGCGCGGUUCUGUGAGGGGGUCAAGCCGCAGGUCGGCACCGCCUUGGGCUGGGUGCUGAGGGGCAGGACUCCCGGCAUGAAGACACCCCCUCCGUGCUGCGUGGGGCCCGGACUCCCAAGAGCUUGCCGUUCGGCCUGGAGGACCUGUGGUGGGGGUGGGCUCGGGAGUUGGCCGGAAGCCAUUUUCUCCCCCGCCUCCCGUGGGAAUUUUCUCAGUGUAAGGUGGGCCUGUGACAACACAUUUCUUCCUUCAAAUCCUACCACUGUUUCCGUGGGUUCGCGUGAGUUCACCUCAGAAGUGCACACUGCCUGGCCUUCCACAGCAGCCCCCUGCCUGGCAGGCUCCCGCCGAGGGGGCCCCAGUGGUCCUUCCAUUGUCCCAGGCCAGCUCUGGUGACGCCGAUGCUGAGGGCAGACAGACUCAACUCAGGCUCUGCUCCAACCCUCGGGCUUCACCAGCGCAUCGGAUACAACUUACUCACCGAGUCAUGUAAAGAGGUGUUCCCAGAAAACAGGAUAGUUUAUACAUCUCCUUUUAUGCGUAUCCGACCUCAGCAGCGAUCUGACGCUGCGUUUAAGCCAGACCAGCAGAAAACAAGGAGUCCGCGCUUCUGGGAAGUAGCACAUGUAGAGAUUGUGUCUGACGGGGGAAGAAGCUAAAUGAGAAUUUGGAGCAAAGGUUGGGGACCUGUAUUCCUAUGUAAUGUCUUAAGUAAACCGAUGUUACAGACGUAAAAGUGAUGUUACGAUUAUUCUCCCUCAGGGAAUAAUCACCUGAAGAGCUGCCAGCAGCCUGGCCUCCUUUAGCAUUUUGUUCAACCUCGAGGGACACCUCACCAUCCAUUGUUAAGGAAAACUCGGAUGUUUGGGUGUCUUGGACAGUGGUCCCACUACUGACCUGGCUGGAGUGGGGGUGUCCCGUGAUCAGGCUUUUCCAUUAGAACAGGAGGAAGGGGAGGUGAAGGGAAGAGGCCGUGAACCGUGAAUCUAAAACAGUACGCUUUCCUUGGAAAAGGCCGGUUAGGCCAGAGGACCUUCUGGCUCUUGGUGCUCCCGCAGAAAUGGGAGCCUGGUGCCAGUUCUCAGCCAUGUCGUGCGUUCCACAGGAAAGGUGGAGAGAUUAAUCAGAAAUAAAACGUUU